AGAAGAAUGUCAAGAUAACUAAAAGGGGUGCUUGAAAUACAGAAUUAAAUGGAAUAGCCAGCUUGUACGUGUGUACUUAGAAUUCUCUGAGUCAAUAAUAAUGCAAUUAAAACAAGUUGGUGGUUUUGUACUGCUGUUUAUUGCUCUUGGAUUGGCUGAAGCACAAUGGUCAAGACUGUGGAAACUUCAAUCUACUGCAGGAGCACCACCCUGCAGCUUGAUCCUUUUCCGACUUUGAGUGUAACAGCAGAGUGCAAUGAGACUGCAGUGUAUGUGGCAGUGAAGAAAAAUCUGUUUGGUAAUGGUAAACCCAUCAAUAUGGUUGCUCUUACCCUGGGAGGCUGUGCUGCUAAAGGGGAAAAUGCUGCUUCUCAAGUACUUAUCUAUGAAUCUGGACUGGAUGGCUGCAACAGCAAGUUGGCUGUGAACGAGGAUGAACUGGUCUAUGUCUUUGCCCUUGGUUUUGCUUCAGAGCCUUUAAGUGGUACUCCCAUUUCAACUGAGUGUCACUAUCCAAGAUUCCGUGAUGCUCCCAGCAGUACUCUGAUGCCUGCUUGGAUAUCACAUGAUUCUACCCAAGCAGCUGAGGAACCUUUUGUUUUCUCUUUGAGACUCAUGAUGGAUGACUGGAUAUCUGAAAGGCCAUCCAACCAGUACAACCUGGCCGAGCUUAUAAAUAUUGAUGCGUCGGUACUGCCGUUCAGCAGUGUGCCCCUGCAUGUUCUUGUAGGUAGCUGUAUGGCUACUGCUGUCCCUGACAUAAAUACAGUCCCCAGAUAUUCCUUCAUUGAGAAUUACGGGUGCCUGGUCGAUUCCAAGACUAUAGCGUCUAAUUCCCACUUCAUACCCCAAACUGGUGCAGCUAAGCACAGGUUUCAGAUGGAGGCAUUCAGGUUUCAGCAAGGGAAUGGUAGCUUGGUCUACAUUACGUGCACCUUGAAAGCAACAGCAGUGUCUGCCCCUCCUGAUGCUGAGCACAAGGCUUGCUCAUUCUCUGGCAAUAGAUGGACUGCUGCAUAUGGUGCUGACCAGGUGUGCAGCUGUUGCAACAGCCACUGCAGCUUGAGGAAGGGACAAGAUCAAUUAUGCCGUGUUUGAGGAGA